AUGACGACCCCAGUGACGACUGAGACGACCACCACGACCACUAAACGCUCGACUGUGGCUAUUGGCGCGCCCAAGACGAAGAUUAUUACCAGGCAGCGCUUGAGGAAGUAUUCAUGGCUCCCGGAUGUGCUCCGAUUGCAGGGCAGCAUCGUGCCGCGCAUCAUUGGCCCUGUCUUGACCGUUACGCUGUUUGCGAGCGGCGCCGCGUAUCUAUGGGAUAGAGGGACCGAUGUGGCGCUCACCAACCAGGUCGUGCCUCUGCUAUCCGUAGUUGUCGGCUUGAUUCUAGUAUUCAGCACAUCAUACGAUCGAUACUAUGAGGGCCGCAAAGAUUUCGCCACGAUGACAGCCCAUAUCCGCAGCCUGUCGCAGCUCAUCUGGAUCAACGUCGCUGUGCCCCCCGCAGAUGACGCUGCGAAGGGCAAGGCACCCAGCGCGAACCUGACCCCCGCGCAGCUCCGGCGGCGCAAAGUAAAUGCGCUGAAGCUCUGUGCCGCCUUUGCGUUCACGGUCAAGCACUACCUGCGCGGCGAGGACGGGCUCGAAUGGGCAGACUACGCCGGCAUCCUGCCCGCGGCGACGGCCGGCCUCGUGCGCGGCGGUAAGGCGUCGCGCGGGACAUCGGCGUACACGACCUACGCGGCGACGGCACACACGUCCGUGACCACCAGCGGCGCGGGCACCCCGGACGAGGGGCGCCCGCUGGAGGUCGCCGUCGAGGCGGGGGACGCGACGAAGCGGAUCCGCGUGAAGCGCAGCAAGGACAAGCUCAAGCAGCCGGGGGCGAAGACGCCGCGGACGCCGCUGCUGAGCGCGCUGCACCAGACGAUUGACUUCAACGCCCACCCCGAGCAGCUGUCGACGCCGCUCCCGCUGGUAAUAGCGCAUGAGAUCUCCCGGACGCUGUUCUUGUUCAAGCGCGAUGGGUAUCUCGAGACCGUCGGCCCGGCCGGUACGAACGCGAUGAACGGGCACGUGCAAGGCAUGGUAAGCAUGAUGACGGCCAUGGAGCGUGUGGCCAACACGCCCAUCCCGCGGUCGUACAGCAUUCAUCUCAAGCAAUGCGUGACGCUCUACUUGUUUGUCCUCCCGUUCACGCUCAUAAAAGAGCUUGGCUGGGGGAUGGUACCUAUUGUGACGGUAGUUGCGUUCACGUUAAUGGGAAUUGAAGGCAUCGCAGACGAAAUCGAGAUGCCAUUCGGGCUUGACAAAUCACAUCUUCCGCUAGAGCGAUACUGCGCGGACUUGAAGGAGGAAAUCGAAUAUAUCGUGGAGAGGCUCCCGGAAGGCGGGGAAGGAAUGUAUGGUACGGACGAUGGAGAGGGAGACGACUGA